AUGAAUAAAUUUUGUAUAAAUGAAUGUAUUCCUUAUGUGCAAAAAUAUGAUUGGGGAAGAGGUAAGGAUGGCUUAGUAUAUGUAGUUAUGAAAAAUAUUGUAAAAGAUAAUUAUGAAAUUAUAAAAAAAGAAAUUAAUAACCUAGAUUAUUUAAAAGAAUAUAUUGAAAAUGAUGAUGAUAAUAAAUAUGAGGAAAAUAUAAAUUAUAUAAAACAAAAUGAAAAUUAUGCAGAACUAUGGAUAGGUAGUCAUAAAAAAGGGCCCAAUUUAGUAGUUUAUAAUAACACUCUUAUAAAAGUAGAAGAUUUUUUAAAAUUUUACGAAGAAAAGAAAAAUAAAAAGAAUACAAUUUUAAAAAAUAUUCUUAGGAAAAUACAAAAUACAAAAAAGAAAUAUUUAAAGAGAAAUUAUACAACGAAAUCAGAAGACACUAACAAUUUAAAAAAAAGUAAUGAAGAAAACGGAAAUUCAAAUAUCGAAAAUUCUAUAUCAAAUAGAAAUUCAUUAAAAGAAGAAAAUGAUGUAGUAAAUGACGAUAUACAAAAUAAUAGUUUUUUUCCAUAUCUUUUUAAAAUUUUGUCAAUAUCAAAACCAUUAAGCAUUCAAAUUCAUCCAAAUGAAAAACAAUCCUUAUAUUUAAAUAGCAUUAAUCCUCUCUUAUAUAAAGAUAAAAUAUUUAAAACAGAAAUGUGUGUGUGUAUAAAUUCUAUGAGUUUAUUAUGUGGUUUUAUGAAUAUUUUCAAAAUAGCAUUUUUAAUAAGAAAUAUAUAUGAGCUAAAUGAAUUCUUUUUAAACGAUAAUAAAAAAAAUAAAAACAUAGAUAAAAAUAAUUCAAAGUCCAGUGGACAGGAUGAAGAAUUAAAUUAUACAAGAGAUAUAAAAAAAGAAAAUAAUGAACAAGAAGAUAUAAAUAAUAAAUUACAAAAUAAUGAAAAAGAAAACGAUAUUUUUUUUUUAUUUGAAUUAUUUAAUCCAAAAGAAAAUAAACAUAUUGAAGAAAUUUUAACUAUGCUAUCUCGCAUUUACAUAUAUAUAAUUAAUUACACGUUAAGAACUAGUAGUGACUUAAAUUAUAAUAUUGUGUCAAUUAUUGAUAAUUAUGCUGAAUGUAUUCAAAAAUAUGUAUUUGAAAAAAAAUUUUUUUACUCCUUUUAUAAAAAUGAAAAUUUUCUAGAAGAAAAACUUAAUUUAAGUAAUUUAAUAAAGGAAGAAAAAGAAAAAUUACAAAAAAAUUUAAAAAGAAAAAAAGAUUAUGUCAAUUUAAGUGAAUUUGAUAUAUCAGGAAAAAAUGAAAUGAAUAAAAUGGAAAGCGAUGAGAAUGAAGGAAAUUUAAUGAAAUUAAGCAAAUUAAAUAUUAUAAAAGAAGAUGAAAAGGAGAAUAAAGUUGAUAAAAAUAAAAUUAAUAUCAAUACAAAUGAGCAUAAUUCAAAUAAUUUUGAUAAAAUAGAAGAAAAUGAAUGUUUUUUUGUUGAAAGAAAAAAAAUAAAAGCUUUUUAUGAGCACAUAUAUAAAUUUCUUAUUCAUAAAAUUCUUUUAGAAGAUAGUAAUGUAUUAAAUAAUUGUAUAAAUUCAAUAAUAGAUAAAAAUGAAGUAUAUAUUUCUUUUAUGAAUAGUGGAGAAAAUUUAAAAAGAAAGACUGAAAAGUUGUACAAAGAUGCAUGUUUAAAAAAAAAUUAUGAAGUUUUAUGUAAGGAAACUGAGGUUAUUAUUAUGCAUAGUAUAUUUGAUAUUCUUAAAAAUGUUUCUAAACACUAUAUGAAUGAUGGAGGUAGAAUUUUUAUUUUUAUAUUACAAUUAAUAAAUUUAAAUGAUGGAGAUGUUGUUUAUAUAAAACCAGGAAUAAUUCAUUCAUACAUAUCAGGUCACUGUUUGGAAUGUAUGACUAAUUCUGACUUAGUUAUUAGAGGUGGAUUAACAAAUAAAGAAAUUGAUAAACUAAAUUUUAUUAAAUAUGUAAAUUAUAAAAAUAAUUAUCCUGUAAUUUUAGAAAAAGAAUUUAUAAAUUAUAAUAUUGUAUCAUAUAGUUAUCACAACAUGAAACAUUUCAAAAUAUUAUUAAUUACAAUUAAUCCAGGAGAAAAAAUUAAUUAUUUGUUUUCAGAAAAAAGUUUUACUUCAUGUAUUAUUAUGUCAACCAAUAAAAAAGUUAAAAUAACAGGAAACAAAAAUGAUAAAAAAAAAAUAAUUAUUAAUAAUGUUAGAAAUGGUAUGGUAUUAUUUAUAGCACCAAAAGUAAAAGUUAGCAUAUCAAAUUUUUAUUCAAAUGUUGAUGAUGGAAAUAAAGAAUUUGUAAUGUAUUGUGCAACAUCUUAA